AUGGCCUUCAAUUCCAUCGGACUGGUCACCGGGGAUAAGACCGUGACGCUCAAGAUCUUCUCUGAGGGUUUGGGCCUCACGUUCCAGGAGUUUGGAAAGGGUGAGCACCUCGAGACGACGACGGCGUCGGGAGUUCGGAUCAUGCUGGACACCGUGACCCUCAUGCGGGAGAUUAACCCAGACUACAAGUUCUUGCCGGAGGCGUGCUCAAUCCAUCUUGGCUUCGAGUGCUCGAAGCCAGCUGAGGUCGAUGACCUCUGUUCGAAGCUGAAGGCUGCGGGCGCUGCAGUGGAGAAGGAGCCCUGGGACGCUUUCUGGGGCCAGCGCUAUGCCACGCUUCGCGAGCCGGCUUCCGGCGUCAUCCUCGAUCUCUUCGCCACCUUGCCCGAGGAUGCCGAUGCCAAGAAGCCGAAGACCUGA